UUUAACAUACCGAUCGACUGAUGGGCUCCGCCGUCCUGUGCUCGCUAAUUGAAAUCUUUUAGCUCCAUCCUGCGCCACUGCGUAAUGACCUCGACAUCAGGUGGAUGGAGUGUGCACACAACACAAUUGUUUCUUCUCGAGUGUUGUCUGCAAACACCGACUUGGAUAGUGUAGCAAAACACAGUACUGCCGACUCAAGAUUUUAUCCUGCUUUGAGAUCGAUGCGCCCUCCUUUGGCCAGUCACUGAACUACUGUUGUCGUGUCUUGUGCCUUUUCAUUUCUUUGCAUGCACUCUCUCUCUCUCUCUCUCUCUCUCUCUCUCAUUUAAAAUUCACCCCUCUCCUUGCAGGGGCCUUUCCAUAUCGCUUCUCCUUCCCGUCCUCCUCUCCUCUCCUAGGAUCCUCUCACUCUCGCUAGCUACCUCUGCGUCUCGAUCGCUCCAUGGCCGGCACCGCCACCGCCACCGUCUGCUCCAUGUGCGGCGACGUUGGCUUCCCAGACAAGCUCUUCCAGUGCGCGCGCUGCCGCCACCGCUUCCAGCACUCGUACUGCACCAACUACUACGGCGACGGCGCGCCCACCUCGGCUGGCUCCGACAUGUGCGACUGGUGCAUCAGCGACGUCGCCGGGAAGGCGAGGUGGUCGUCGUCUACGGCCGGGAAGCAGCAUGCCGCCGGCAGCCAGGAGUCGGGGUCCACGACGUGCUCCGGCAGCGGCGGCAGGGGCAAGCAGAACAGCGGCGGGGACCAGGAGACCGGGCGGCGAGCGAGCAGGGCUGCCAGCCGCAGGUACAAGCUGCUCAAGGACGUCUUGUGUUAGUUGACUAGCUAUGUCAUGGGCCUCACAAUCUUGAGAUCCUAAUGGCUAGACGGACCUAGUAGUAUUAAGUAAGACUAGCUAGUUAUAUGACUUAGUAACCAAGUUAGUUGGUGUGAUGUGUGUGUAUAUAUAUAUGUGUGUGCGCGCGCUUUUCUAUAUGUAUGUUUGCUGGUGUGAGGAGGGGCUGUUAGCCUGUUUCUUAUAUAUGCAUGGAACUUUGGCUUGGUUUCUCUUAUCUUAUGCUUGGAGUAUUUGACUAGCAUAUUAUCUUGUUCCUUUCA